AUGGUUGCUUCACGUUCAAAUCCUGUCAAUCCUCCUCUUGAUGGAUCUCUGUUCCUCCCUGAAUUGCUGGAAUUCAAUGCGCAACAUAACUCGGACCUCACAUUCUUUGUCUACAACAAACCUGACAACAACGAUCUGGUCUAUAUCUCACAUCGAGACUUUUAUCGAGCUUGUCAUCGUGCUGCACAUCAAGUUAGACCCGAUCGUGCGGGCAUAGACAAAGAGGUCGUUGGCAUCAUUGCCAAUUCAGACACCCUCCUUUAUCAGACUGUGUUCAUGGGUAUCAUCUUCGCUGGGCUGAUCCCGUUCCCCAUAUCACCUCGUAAUUCAGCGGCGGCAAUCUUAAACUUGAUGCAGAAAACAAAGUGUCGUCGUUUAGUCACCACUCACCACUCUCUUGGUUUCCUGAUCGAUGGAAUUAAGGCGGGUAGCGUAUCUCAAGGCACUGAUGCGAGCCAACUGCAGCUUGACAUGAUGCCGACGUUGAAAUAUUUAUAUCCCAUGCUUGGCACAGGUUCUUCAGACGAGAUUUUUCUCCCAUACCCUCCCCAAGCUUCUCGGUCAUCUCCGGACGAUAUAUUAUACUACCUACAUUCCUCUGGCAGCACUGGUUUCCCGAAAGCCAUUCCAGCAACCCACCAAACCAUCAUCGGGUGGUGCCGAAGCUCAUGCGUUAUCAACCAUAUCAACAUUCUCACUCCUCUCCGCAUUGCUGCUGCAUCCGUUCCACCGUUCCAUACCACAGGUUUACUGAUCCAACUACUGGUACCCAUUGUAUCUUUGAACAGCAUAUCUAUUUACCCGCCCACAUCCUUGCACGACCCAUUGGCGGCCCCAAUAACACCCAAUUCCCAAAAUAUCCUGGAAUGUGUGCUUAAUACGAAAUCGAACGCUUUGUGGGCCAUGCCUUUCUUCCUGGAACAAUGGGUGUUUUCUCCCGAUGCUGUUGAUAUUCUGAAGAAUCUCGAAUAUGUCCUUUAUACUGGCGGUCCACUCGCUUCUAACAUGGGGAAUGCCCUGGUGGAUGCAGGAAUCAAUAUAUUCCCUCACUACGGCUCUACAGAAAUUGGGCCUGUCACUCCUUUAUUCCGGUAUGGGGUCGAGAACAAGCUUUGGGACUGGCUGCAAUUUACUCCAAACGUCAAGACCAGAUGGGUUGAUCAGGGCGAUAGAACAUAUGAAUGCCAAAUUUUGACAACUCCGCUGUACGGAGUGUCAGUAGAGAAUCUCCCGGACGUCAAGGGUUAUACUACUUCGGAUUUAUUUAUCAAGCAUCCGACCAUUGAGGGUCUGUGGAAGAUAACAGGAAGAAAGGAUGAUGUAUUGAUGCUCUCGUCUGGGGAGAAAGUAAUACCAGCUCCUAUGGAAUGCAUCAUCGGGACCAAUCCUCAUGUCAAUGGCGUCGUGAUCUUCGGCCGUGGACGUAGCCAAGUUGGUGCCCUCAUAGAGCCGCGGCCGGGACAUGAAAUCGACGUCAAAGACGAGGCACAGGUUUCGUCUUUCGGGAAUCAAGUCUGGCCUGAGAUAGAAGAAACGAAUAAGGCAGGCCCUGCCUUCAGCAGAAUCUUCAAGGAAAUGGUUCUUGUGACGUGCAGGGAGAAGCCUUUGCCUCGAACUGGAAAAGGGACCAUCACCAAGAAAGCCGCCAGCCAACUAUACGAAGAGGAGAUCAAUGCCCUAUACGACAAGGUGGAGAGUGGCAGAACAUGCAUCGAUAUACCUUUGCCUACGAACUGGACUGUGGGGGACGUUGAGAGUUGGCUCAUGCUGCAUGCCGUCUCUGUGAGCGCUGGCAAGGAGGUCGAUCCUGAUACAGACUUCUUUGCCCAGGGCUUUGACAGUCUCUCUGCUACAUUCCUCAGAAGCCGAAUCGUCAGUUCCCUCAGGUCGUCAAUAGAUCGCGACGUCCAGGCUUCAGCACCGAAAUUUGACCAGAACAUCGUCUUUUUAAGUCCUUCGAUUCGCCAGCUCGCGAGAAGUGUUGUUCACGUAGUAUUGCAUGGGAUCAAUCCAACCUCGGUCGAUGUCAAGGUUGAGAUCGAGAGCAUGAUUGAGAAGUAUUCAGUGGGAUUCAGUGGGGGCUCCGUCGGAGAUGCCUCCGCCGCCCCUCUUACUAAUGGACGCAGUCGAAAUAAUCAUGUGGUCAUCCUGACUGGAUCAACGGGCGGUCUUGGUUCAUACAUGCUUGCAUCUUUGCUUCAGCGCGAGGAUGUAUCAGUGGUAUAUGCCUUCAAUCGUCCGUCGAGGUGCGAUGCAUCCAUUCAAGAACGACAGAAGAAUGGAUUCGUCGACCGCGGUUUGGAUGUCACCCUCUUGCAAUCAGAGAAACUGUUGUACAUAGAAACGGAUACUUCUAGUGAUGACCUGGGUUUGGAGAAGGAGUUGUAUCAGAAGAUCCGCACGUCCGUCACUGUCAUCAUUCACAACGCCUGGCAACUCAACUUUAACCUGGCGCUCUCGUCCUUCGAGCCUCAUGUUCGGGGAACACGCAAUCUUAUAAACCUGGCUUUGUCCUCCCCGUGCCAUCCGAAGCCGCGUGUAUUAUUCACCUCUUCUAUCUCAACUGCGCAAAGCUGGGAUAAAUCGAAAGGACCUUUCCCAGAAGAAGUACAGUACGACGCGGGCAUUGCAGAAGGCCUUGGCUACGGUGCGAGCAAAUACGUUUGUGAAAGGGUCCUCGUGAACAGCAAGUUGCCGGCAUGCUCAUUCAGAAUCGGACAAAUAGCGGGAGGACCUCCACGAGGAGCUUGGUCGACCACGGACUGGCUGCCGAUCAUCGUCAAGUCGAGUGUGAGCUUGGGUGUAUUCCCGGAAGCCCAAGGGGUAGGUGUGAUUCAACGUGCGCUCCUAUCGUGGAUCCCUACUCAUGCCGUAUCAAACGCUAUUCUUGAUGUAGCUUUCGCAAAAGAAGAGCCUCCCGUGGCGGUUAAUCUGGUGCAUCCGAGACCGGUAGCGUGGGGGACGCUGAUGCGACCUGUUGCGGACGCCAUAUUUGAGCGCAAGAUAACAAGCGCCCCGCUACCUCUUAUCCCAUUCUCGGAGUGGUUCGAAAAGGUCGAAUCGAGUGCCAAGAAUGCAAGCGAGGCAAACAUCAAACGCGUCCCUGCUAUCAAGCUUCUCAACUUUAUGCGUUCGAUGUCUCGAUCAGAUAUCGCGACCAGAGCGUCUGGGGAGAUGCACUUAGAAGUAGGUGGACUUGCCUCGUUUGCAACUGCUGUGGCCCAGCGCGUUAGUCCAACGGUGAAAGAGUUGGAGCCUCUGUCGUCGGCGACUGCAACGCAAUGGGUGGACUAUUGGGAGGCAGUGGGAAUGUUUCGAUGA